AUGAAGCUCUCUCUUGGACUACCACUUAUCUCGUGCGCCGCCGGCAUCUGCAUGGCAGAAGCUACCCCGGAGCCACAAUACAUCUUCCAAAACCCGCCCGCAUCCGAGUCCAUCCACAAGAUCCCCACUCCCUACGAGAGCGCCGUCCUAGGCCGCCGCCUCCUCGCCUUAACCACCUUAGGCACGCUCGCUACCGUUUUCCCGCACGAGUCCAAGGAUGUGUCCGGUCAGGAGAACCGACCGGCGGGUAUGGGCGGCAUGCCUCACGGAUUGAUGGAGUACGUCGCGGACUGCGAGGACGAAGGAAACCCCACCAUGCUGGCGAUCAACAUCGAGACGUCGUUCAAGAAUGUGAGGGGCGGAUCCAACAUAUCGCUGGCUAUGCAGUGGACGCCCCCAUAUCUGCCUGAUAAGCGCAUCAAGUCGACCUGGUUCGACCGCCUGUUUGGUGACGAUGAUGGCCCGAAGGAAGCUGUGCCUUACUCGGCGGCCAACCUGCCGCGUUUCUCGCUGCUUGGAUACAUUGAAGAGAUCGAUACAGCCUCGACUGCGGCCAUAUCAUCGUGUUUCGUUAAAGCACACCCGGAUGCGAAGUAUUGGCUUCCGGGAAACAGAAUACACGAGGCACAGUUUGUGAGGCUCGUGGUUCAGGCGCCCUACUGGAUCGGUGGUUUUGGUGAUCGCGCAUAUAUCGGCUGGAUUUCUCCUGACGACUGGAAGAAUGUCACCAAGGAGGAAUGGGAGGCAGUAAGACUUCCCGGUGAAAAGAAAGGAUGGGAUGAGUGGAGUUUCCUGGCCGAGCUUUGA